CCUUUAACUUCAAACCAAACCAAGAGCAAAGCGUCGCCGCAAACACUCCAUCCCGUAAAACACACACGCGCCAUCCAGCUCAAUCAAAGCCACCGCCCACCGACCGGAGAAGGGAGGAAAAAAAUAUCUUCUCUUCUCUCCAUCGGAUCGGGAUCCUUGACUCCUCGUGCUGCCGAUCGAUUGAUCGAGAGGGGGAGAUCGUGGUGUGUGGGGGGUGACGAGAUUUUGCCGGUUUGGAGCCAAUUAGGGGUAUGAGCUGUUUUGCGCACCGCCGCUGCUCCGACGCCGCCCGCCGCCAGGACGGCCUCCUCGUCUUCGUCUUCUUCCUCUCGAUUCCCAUACGUAGUAUUAGUAAUAGUAGUAAUUCUAAUUUAAGUAGUAGUAAUCUCUUGUAAACUGCGAUCCUGUUCGCGGUUUCGUGUACGGGCACGGAGGGACUUUCUGUUGUUGCUUGUUCCUCUUUCCCCACUCCUCCUUCCUCCUCCUUGGCGGCAGCGGCAGCGGCGGUUAUGGAUCCCAAUGGCCUCAAAACUGGAGGCCUUUUGCUCCCAACUAUUGAGAGGCGGUGCACGACGCCUCCAUCCGUCAUCGUGAUCGGCGGUGGCAUCUCGGGCGUUGCAGCUGCUCGUGCUCUCUCCAACUCUUCAUUUAAGGUGACUGUUCUGGAGUCCAGAGAUCGUAUUGGUGGACGUGUUCAUACUGAUUACUCAUUUGGAUGCCCAAUUGAUAUGGGAGCAUCAUGGCUGCACGGUGUGUGCAAUGAGAAUUCACUGGCUCCAUUGAUCGGAUAUCUUGGGCUGAGGUUAUACCGCACCAGCGAUGACAACUCUGUUCUGUAUGAUCAUGAUUUAGAAAGCUAUGCUCUCUUUGAUAAGGAUGGCAAUCAGGUCCCAAAGGAGACAGUUGAUAAAGUAGGAGAAACAUUUGAAAGAAUUCUUGAAGAGACGGUGAAAGUGCGUGAUGAGCAGGAACAUGACAUGCCCCUUCUACAAGCAAUUUCCAUUGUGUUUGAGAGGUUCCCCGAGUUAAAGCUAGAAGGGCUAGAAGAUCAGGUCUUGCAAUGGUGUGUCUGCCGGCUUGAGGCAUGGUUUGCUGCAGAUGCAGAUGAAAUAUCCCUGAAAAACUGGGAUCAGGAGCGUGUUCUUACUGGUGGGCAUGGACUGAUGGUAAAUGGAUACUAUCCUGUUAUUGAGGCUCUUGCUCAAGGUCUUGACAUCAGGCUUAAUCAAAGGGUCACCAAAAUUACCCGGCAAUACAAUGGAGUUAAGGUCACUACUGAAGACGGUACGAACUACUUCGCCGACGCUUGCAUAAUCACAGUGCCACUCGGUGUGCUCAAGGCGAACAUAAUCAAGUUCGAGCCUGAACUGCCCCCAUGGAAGAGCUCUGCCAUCGCGGACCUCGGUGUUGGCAUUGAGAACAAGAUCGCCAUGCACUUCGACAGAGUCUUCUGGCCCAACGUCGAGGUGCUGGGAAUAACUGGUCCGACGCCUAAAGCAUGUGGAUACUUCCUGAACCUCCACAAGGCCACCGGCAAUCCGGUCCUCGUGUACAUGGCUGCUGGAAGGUUCGCCCAGGAAGUGGAGAAACUGUCCGACAAGGAAGCCGUCGAUCUGGUCGUUUCUCACCUGAAGAAGAUGCUUCCAGAUGCUACUGAACCUACGCAGUACUUGGUGUCACGCUGGGGCUCUGACCCGAACUCUCUGGGGUCCUAUUCGUGCGACCUGGUCGGGAAGCCGGCCGACGUCUGCGUGAGGUUCUCCGCUCCCGUGGAGAACCUGUACUUCGCCGGUGAGGCGGCCAGUGCCGACCACUCGGGGUCCGUGCACGGCGCGUACUCGUCGGGCCUCGCCGCCGCAGAAGAUUGUAGGAAGCGCCUCCUGACGCUGAAGGGCGUCCCGGACCUAGUACAGGUCGCGGCGUGGGAGGAGGUGGCCGGAGCUGUGGCUCCCCUGCAGAUUUGCAGGACCUGAGCUUGGAACAUCUGCGUCUGCGCCCGCUAUGCUGUGAAAGAAUGCGGGGAAGAAGCCGUAUACUUUUUCCUAGUCGGCGCGUGCAGAUGAUUGCCCAGUCUUAUAUUAUUAUUAUGUCGUAAUAAAAAUUGUAUUAUCGUAAACGUGUUACUGUCUUGAUUGGAAUAAGUUGAGCACUCGGACACUGAAACUCUCUAUCAAAAUCGAGUCCUAUGUUAUAUUCA